GGCGAGGAUUGGCAAGGCAAAGGUCGUGACUGGUCGUCCAGAGAUCGUUCAGGUUACGAGGAAUCAGGUGAUGUCAAGGAAUCCCGGAGCCAGCUGAGCAGCAAUGCCCCAGAUUUCCAACCAUCAGGAAUGUACGACUAUGAUGCUCUUGCCGCACAGUACUGGAGCUGGCAGCCAUUCCUCCAGUGCUGGGCUUAG